AGCCACAAGCGUGCCUCCAGAGAGGCACAGCGCGCCGCACUUGGACUUGGACACCUUUUUUCUUUUUCUUUUUUUCCCCACCUUCCUGCGGAGGGAUGAACGACGUGUGCCGCUGAGGAGCGCAGGAGUUUCACCACCAAGUUUUUGUUGUUGUUGUUUUUUUGUGCAUUGAGCGUUUUGGCACGUUCGGCCACCAUCCAGGCGUUGUUGUUCUCAGUGAAACUCCCAGGGGCCACACAAACACAUUAAGCCUCUCACACAUACACACACACACACAAAUCGGCGCCAUGCAGGAGUCCGAGGCAACCGUGUGCCAGCUGCAGCCCAACAUCAUCUCCGUGCGUCUUUUCAAGAGGAAGGUGGGCGGCCUGGGCUUCCUGGUGAAGCAGAGGGUGUCCAAGCCACCCGUCAUCGUGUCCGACUUGAUCCGGGGCGGCGCUGCCGAGGAGUGUGGCCUGGUGCAGGUGGGCGACAUUGUGCUGGCCGUCAACAACAAGCCCCUGGUGGACCUGUCCUACGAGCGCGCCCUGGAGACGCUGAAGAACGUCUCGCCCGACAGCCACGCCGUGCUCAUCCUCCGCGGGCCUGAGGGCUUCACCACUCACCUGGAGACCACCUUGUCAGGAGACGGGCGCCAGCGCACCACGCGGGUCACGCGGCCAGCCUUCCCGGCCUCCAAGUCCUACGAUCACUGCUCCCCGCUCAGCCCCUUCAGCCCUGCGCUGCAGCAGGUCAACAAGGAGCCCCAGCUGAGGGCCAUCGAGAACCUCACAAUGCAGAGGGGCGGCGUCCAAACCCAGGACCCCCUGCUCAUGAGGGACGGCAGCCGAGGAGCCCUCCUGUGUAACGGAAUGGAGGAGAACAAUGACCUGCUGAAGGAGAUCGAGCCGGUGCUGCGGCUCAUCAGGAGCACCAAGAAGGAGCUCAACGGGGAGGGCCAGAGGAAUGCCGCGCGACAGGACUCCGAGAUCCAAGUGGCCUGGGACAUCGCCGUGGGAAACGGUACCUCACCCCAGCUGGCUUCCGAUAACAACAGGAGGCGGGAGAACAUGCCGGUGGUGCUGCACAACAUCGAGGCCGAGCAGAGCCCCGCCACAGGAAAGACCUCGCCCACCAAGUCGCUGCAGAACGGAAGCCCCUCCAAGUGCCCGCGCUUCAUCAAGAUCAAGAACUGGGAGUCCGGAACCGUCUACAACGACACUCUCCACCACGGCUCGGCAAAGCUGCCAAGCUGCAAUGAGAACGUGUGCCUCGGCUCGAUCAUGAUGCCCAACCUGCACGCUCGCAAGCCAGACGAGGUGCGGAGCAAAGAGGAGCUCCUUCCUCUGGCCACCGACUUCAUCGACCAGUACUACACGUCCAUCAAAAGGUACGGCUCCAAGGCCCACACGGACCGGCUGGAGGAGGUGACCAAAGAGAUCGAGGCAUCCGGAGCGUACCAGCUCAAGGACACGGAGCUGAUAUACGGAGCCAAGCACGCCUGGAGGAACGCCGCCCGCUGUGUGGGGAGAAUCCAGUGGUCCAAACUGCAGGUUUUUGAUGCGAGGGAUUGCACAACAGCUCACGGAAUGUACAACUACAUCUGCAACCACAUCAAGUACGCCACCAACAAGGGCAACCUGAGGUCAGCCAUUACCAUAUUCCCUCAGAGGACGGACGGUAAACACGACUUCCGAGUGUGGAACAGUCAGCUGAUCCGUUACGCCGGGUACAAGCAGCCUGACGGACACAUCCUGGGAGAUCCUGCCAAUGUGGAACUCACCGAGAUCUGCAUCCAGCUGGGGUGGAAGGCUCCCAAGGGUCGCUUUGACGUUCUGCCCCUCCUGCUGCAAGCCAACGGCAAUGACCCCGAACUCUUUGAGAUCCCCGAAGACCUCAUCCUGGAGGUGCCCAUCACGCACCCAAAGUUCGAGUGGUUCAAGGACCUGGACCUGAAGUGGUACGGUCUGCCCGCCGUCUCCAACAUGCUGCUGGAGAUUGGCGGCCUCGAGUUCACCGGCUGCCCCUUCAGUGGAUGGUACAUGGGCACGGAGAUUGGUGUCAGGGACUUCUGCGACAGCUCCCGCUACAACAUUCUGGAGGAUAUCGCCAACAAGAUGGCCUUAGAUACCAGGAAGUCCUCCUCCCUCUGGAAAGACCAAGCUCUGGUGGAGAUCAACAUCGCUGUUCUCUACAGCUUCCAGAUGUGCAAAGUGACCAUCGUGGACCAUCACUCGGCCACUGAGUCCUUCAUGAAGCACAUGGAGAACGAGUACCGGGUGCGAGGGGGCUGUCCCGGUGACUGGGUGUGGAUCGUGCCCCCCAUGUCGGGAAGCAUCACACCCGUCUUUCACCAGGAGAUGCUGAACUACCGCCUCACGCCGUCCUUUGAGUACCAGGCGGAUCCCUGGAACACUCACGUGUGGAAAGGAGUCAAUGGGACGCCCACCAAGAAAAGAGCCAUCGGAUUCAAGAAGCUUGCCAAGGCGGUGAAGUUCUCGGCCAAGCUGAUGGGUCAGGCCAUGGCAAAGAGAGUCAAGGCCACCAUCCUGUUCGCCACCGAGACGGGCAAGUCUCACGAUUACGCCAAAACCCUGUGUGAAAUCUUCAAGCACGCCUUCGACGCAAAGGUGAUGUCCAUGGACGAGUACGACAUGGUGGACCUGGAGCACGAGACGCUGGUGUUGGUGGUGAGCAGCACGUUCGGCAACGGCGACCCGCCUGAAAAUGGAGAGAAAUUCGGAGCGGCCUUAAUGGAGAUGCGGCACCCGACGUCAAACACUGAAGACAGAAAGAGUUACAAGAUUCGUUUCAACAGCGUGUCCUCCUACUCGGACACCAGGAAGUCCUCCAGCGACGAGCCCGAAGCGAAGGUCAACUUUGAGAGCACCGGACCGCUCGCCAACGUCAGGUUCUCGGUCUUUGGCCUGGGAUCCAGGGCCUACCCACACUUCUGCGCCUUUGCCCACGCUAUAGACACGCUCUUUGAGGAGCUCGGGGGGGAGCGCAUCCUCCGCAUGGGGGAGGGGGAUGAGCUGUGCGGCCAGGAGGAGUCCUUCAGAACCUGGGCCAAGAAGGUUUUUAAGGCCGCCUGCGACGUGUUCUGCGUGGGCGACGACGUCAAUAUCGAGAAGGCCAACAACUCCUUGAUCAGCAAUGACCGCAGCUGGAAGAAAAGCAAGUUCCGCCUGACAUACGACGCUGAGGCGCCGGCUCUCACUGACGCUCUGUACAGCAUCCACAAGAAGAGAGUUUAUGGGGCCAAAAUGCUGGAAUCUCAAAACCUCCAAAGUUCCAAAUCCAAUCGCUCCACCAUAUUUGUGCGCCUCGACACAAACAACCACGAUAUGCUGAGCUACCACCCCGGCGACCAUCUGGGCAUCUUUGCCGGCAACCACGAGGACCUGGUGACGGCGCUCAUAGACAAGCUGGAAGACGCACCACCUGUCAAUCAGAUCGUCAAAGUGGAGUUCCUGGAGGAGAGGAACACUGCCCUAGGCGUAAUCAGUAACUGGACCAACGAGACCCGCAUACCCCCCUGCACCAUCUCCCAGGCCUUCCAGUACUUCCUGGACAUCACUACGCCCCCCAGCCCCGUGCUCCUGCAGCAGUUUGCCGCCCUGGCCACCAACGACAAGCACAAAAAGAGGCUGGAGGUGCUCAGUAAGGGCCUGCAAGAGUACGAGGAGUGGAAGUGGUACAAUACCCCUACGCUGGUGGAGGUGCUGGAAGAGUUCCCGUCCAUUCAGGUGUCCUCCACCUUGCUGCUCACCCAGCUGCCUCUGCUGCAGCCUCGCUACUACUCCAUCAGCUCCUCACCGGACGUGCACCCGGGGGAGAUUCACCUCACCGUGGCGGUGGUUUCCUUCCGAGCCAAAAAUGGAGAGGGACCCAUCCACCACGGCAUGUGCUCCUCGUGGCUCAACAGGAUUGAGAAGGGCGACAUGGUGCCGUGUUUUGUCCGAGGGGCGCCUUCCUUCCAUCUUCCCAAAGACCACCAAGCUCCUUGCAUUCUGGUGGGCCCGGGCACGGGCAUCGCCCCUUUCAGGAGCUUCUGGCAGCAGAGGCUGUUUGACCUUGAACACAAAGGGAUCGAGUCGUGGCCCAUGAUCCUGGUGUUUGGCUGUCGGCAGUCGGAGAUAGACCACAUCUACAAGGAAGAGACCAUCCAGGCUAAGAACAAGGAGGUGUUCAAGGAGCUCUACGCAGCCUAUUCCAGAGAACCCGGCAAACCAAAGAAAUACGUGCAGGAUGUUCUACGUGAGCAGCUGUCAGAGAGAGUGUAUCAGUGCCUGAGGGAGGAGGGAGGACACAUCUACGUGUGCGGAGAUGUCACCAUGGCGGGCGACGUCCUCAAGACGGUGCAGCAAAUCAUCAAGCAGCAGGGCAACAUGAGCCUGGAGGACGCCGGCUUCUUCAUCAGCAGGCUCCGGGAUGAGAACCGCUACCACGAGGACAUUUUCGGGGUCACCCUGCGCACUUACGAGGUCACCAACCGACUGCGGUCUGAGUCCAUCGCCUACAUCGAGGAGAGCAAGAAAGAUUCUGACGAGGUUUUCUGCUCGUAGGCCUGCGACGUGACGACGGCAGACGGACGCCAGGAUGCAGCAGCACUGGUUAGACAAUACUGUGCCAACUUUUGUACUGUAAAAAAAAACAAGUAACUAUAUAUAUAUAUAUAUAUAUAUAUAUAUAUAUAUAUGUUCAUGUCUUUCUUUUUUUAUACCACGUUUCUGUUCUGCUGAGGCUCGUUAGCGACUGCAGAUGCUAACUGGGUCUCCUUACGUGUAAUGACCUGCCUCGUUGUGAAUGCAUGACCUGAGACUCAAGAAUAUAAUCCAAGUCUGUGUGUUACUGUGCUGCACCGCAAAGGCUUCCUGUUACGUUUGUGUGGCGUACUGUAUAACUGCGACAAAAAAAAAAGAAGGUGGGGGUCCGCAGGCAGGCAUUAUGGGAUGUCUGAGAGUUUGGAAGCAUGCAGGUGAGGAUCAUCCAAGCGUCGCAUCUUUCACGUCCCUUGUUUGUGUGUGUUGCCCCAGGACGUAGACAGAGCCCACCCUGUGAUCCAACAAAUACACUUAGCCGAUGUAAGUGGACUUUUGGUGUAAAGCUCUAUACUAAGACCACUACACUACUUACUCAUUACUGUCGCUUUCAACAAAACACAAACAGAAAGAAAUGUGGCUCAUUGCCAACAGGGGGCGAUAUUUCAUGCAAAAGAAAUGUACUUACAUUGAUGGCCAACAGGGGGGCGAUGCUUUUUAGUUUAAAAACAACAAUCGUACGUACAGUAGAACCCCGGAACUUUGACCACAAUGUCCAUAUUGUUCGGCCUUUGAAUCAGUGACUUGUUUCCCCCAAAAUUGAACUUAUCUGCUCCAGAACAUUUUGCCAGAACGGUUUGCCAUUCUAGAACUUUUUUUGAUGUAACGUUUUAAGUCACAAAAAUACUUUUGUACUCAUUUGUUCAUGUUCUGGAAUCCUUUUCUCAUGCGCUUAAGCAUAAGUUUUAAGUUAUACUUAAUAAAAAAAAUAGGAUGAACCAAUUUGUCUUAUGUCGCUUCAAACAAACAAAUUUUGUUCAAAUUUAGAACUUUUUUUCCUUAAUCUUCUGCCAUUGUAGAACAUACAAGGUUUAUAACUUAAAUGUAAACCUUAUUUUACAAAAAGUAAGUUACAGUAAUUAGUGUUAUGUCAUUUUGAAUAGAUUUUGUUCAGAUUUUGAAUCAAUAAAUAUUUUCUGAAAAAGUGUUUGCCAUUCUAGAGCAUUUCAGUGUAGGUUUAAAAAAAGGUUAUUUUCGAACAAAAAGAUUUUGUUCAGAUUUAGAAUACAUGUUUUACCCUAAAAUCUUUUUCCACUUUAGAACAUUUAAGUAUAAAGUUUGUAACUUAAAUUAAACCUUAUUUUACAGAAAGUAAGUUAUGCUAAUUUAUCUUACAUCAUUUUGAGGAGAUUUGAUUCAGAUUAAUUUUGAAUCAAUUAAUUUUUUUCCCGAAAAACAUUUGACAUUCGAUAACAUUUAAUUGUAAGUUUUAAGUUAUAUUUUGCAAAAAAUAGUUUAUCCUAAUUUGUCUGCAGUAUGUUGUUUCAAACACAUUUUGUUCAGAUUUUGAAUCAAUGAUUUUUUUCCCAAAAUGUUUUUGCCGUUCUAGAACAUUUAAACAUAAGUUAUAUAAGUUAUAUUUGAUUUAAAAUAAAUGUUAUACUAAUUUGUCUUACGUAAUUUUGACCAAACAGAUUUUGUUCAGAUUGUGAGUCAAUUUUUUUCCCUCAAAUCUUUUUCCAUUUUAGAACGUGUAAAAUAAGGUUUAUACCUGAAACUUAAACCCUAUUUUACAAAGCCUUCUUUUUACUUAUUUGAUGUUGUUUCAAACAGGUUUUGUUCAGAUUUUGAAUCAGUGAAUAUCUUCCCCUAAAUAUUUUUCCAUUUUAGAACAUUUAAACAUAAGAUUAAAGUUAUAUUUUAUAAACACACAUUAUACUGAUUGGUCUUAUGUAAUUUUGAACAAACAGGUUUUGUUCAGAUUUUGAAUCGUUUUUUUAUUUCCCUAAAACCUUUUGGCAUUUUUCAUUUAAAUAUAAGGUUUAUAACUUAAACUUAAACCUUAUUUUGCAAAGCCUUAUUUUUACCUGUUUGAUGUCGUUUCAAGCAGAUUUUGUUCAGAUUUUGAAUCAAUUAAUAUCUUUCCCCCAAAUCUUUUUCCCCUUAAGAACAUUUAAACAUAAGGUUUAAAUUAUAGUUUAUAAAAACAGGUUAUACUAAUUUGUCUUAUGUCAUUUUGUAAAAACAGAUUUUGUUCAGUUUUUGAAUACAUUUUUUAUUUCCCUCAAAUCUUUUGCCAUCUUUGAACAUUUAAACAUCAGGUUUAUACCUUGAAGUUAAACCUUAUUUUACAAAGGCGUAUUUGUACCUAUUUUAUGUCGUUUCAAGCAGACAUUGUUCAGAUUUUGAAUCAAUGAAUCCCCUCGGGGGGCACGGUUCAAGUUCCGGGGAUCCGCCAGAUGUAGAUGUCGGUGUCGACCCGGUCAGUCGGAAGCACCCACGCCGGCCUAGGCUCGCUUCUCACGUCCACAUCGUAGGAAUAUCGGCUUCAAGAAAACGCUGCGUUCCCAUGGCGUCCCGUGGAUGAACGUCUCCUCUGUGUCUUUGGUUUAUUUAUAUGGGAAGGGGCGAGGUUGCAUUUGUGGUGUGAACUGUGUACCGGCCUGACAGUAUACAUACAGUAUAUACUACCUGUACCUGUACGUACAGUACAUAUAGAAACAUAUAUGCCACUUGGAUCUUUUCUAAGAAUGUAUUUUCAAGAUGUAAAAGGGCACUGCUUGUUUGAAAAGAAGAUAAAGCCAAAUGCAUGGUGAUGUUCUCGUGCUCGUGCCGGCCCGUCUGUGUCGUGACUUUCUUUGUCCGGCGGGCUUUUGGGCGGCUUCCUGUCCUUCUUUCCUUCUUUCCUUCUUUCUUUCUUUCUUUCUUUCUUUCUUUCUUUCUUUCUUUCCGUGUCUUUGCGUUUUUGGCUGCUGCUCUAAAGAACGCGUGUGAUCCCAUGUAAUCUAAUCUAAUCUAAUCUAAUGGCCUCCAUUGUGAGGAGAUUCCAUUGAAUGCAUCCACUGCAAGGACUCGGCUUUGACCAAUAAACCACAACA